GCCGUAGUUCUGUUGGGGGCGAGGAGGAGGAUGUUGUUGUUAGCUUCAGCGGUGGAUGAGAGCAUGCAGUAGCCCCACACACACAUUUGGCUAUUAUAAAGUAAUGGGCUGAUUUCCACCUGUGUCCAUGAUGGCGAGAAACAGAAAGUGCAUCCUCUGUGAAACAGUCUACUCCUCCAAGCAGGAGAUAGAUGAGCACAUGAGAAGUAUGCUCCACCAUCGUGAGCUGGAGAAGCUCAAAGGCCGGGACUGCGGACACGAGUGUAGAGUGUGCAAGGAAACGGUGGUGAGUCUGACAGACUAUGCCAGCCACAUUUCCAGUCCAACACACAAGCAGAAUGUGGAGGCCGCGGAAAAAAAGUAUGCUGGGAACGACCGUGAAGAGGACUACUUCGACCAGGCGUUGGUGGACCUGAUCGAGAAGAGAAAAGAACAGAUCAGAAAAGAAAAGGAGGCCGCUGCUGCAAAGCUGGCAAAAGAAGAAGAGGCUCAAAGGAAAAAGGAGGCGAUACAGCGCAGGUUAAAAGAAGCUAAGGAGCACUACCAGCUGCAGUACGCCUUCAAGCAUCAAUCACAGGGUUUUGGUGGAUCCACUCACCACAGAACUUGGUACAGGAGCAACCAAUAUAAUGCCAAAGCAGACUCCCAACCCUGGCAGCACGGUAGACAUGGGAAGAGUGCCACCUGGCAUGCUCAGGAGCCUCCCAAUCUUCAGAAGUUUGGAUGUGGGGAGUUUGGUGGUGGAAGCUUUCAUAGCCAGGAUGGUUUGGGCAACAAGCAGUGGGAUCAUGGUGCAUUUUCUGCCAAUCAGCGAAGUCGACUGCCUUGGCUCAGCAAUGGAGGCAGUAGUAACGGGGUCUAUGGUCGAAACAACAUUGCCCAGAACCAUCAAAAGAGCCGUCCCCUAAGUCUUUUAGGGCCUGUUCCUAUGUAUCCCCCUCCCCCCAGUUUUUUUGCCCAGUCUCUUAACCAGUUUCAGAAUACAUGCAAUGGUUUGGGAGCUCAGCACAGUGAUGGGCUUCAGAAUGGGGAGGGGCAGACAACAGAACCUGACCCCAGCAGCAGUAAGAGCGCUAAGACCUAUGGUAGCAAUCCAAAGUUGGACAAAGCCUGCCGCUGGUCGCCCUAUCCUGUCACAAAGGGUUCUGAAUCCUUACCCCAUAAGGAUACCAACCCCAACUCAUCAGAGAAGUACCCAAACUUGCCCAAACCCCAGAAACAGGAUACGGCACAUGAAACCAGUGCUUUUAAUAGACAGACCCGGCCUGAACAGAAACCGGGGCAGUUGACCUCAAGUGGACAAAGUAUGGAAGAAAAAGGGAAGCAUAAAACGAACCCCAAAACCAAACCCAGAGAAAGGAAUAGCAGUGGCAGUAGAAGCAGCAGUGCUCAGAUAGACACCCCUGAGAACGUCUCCUCUCGUCCCUCAAAUCAGAAAGCAAUUAAGCCAUUGCCGCACAAAGAUUGGAAGACGUCCUCACUUCCUAGUCUCAACGGUGGAGCUCAACACAGCACGGCCUCCAGUCAAGCGCAUGCACAAUCAAAAUCAUCCCCAAAGCCGAGUGGAUUCAGUUCCCAGACUCCACCUGUUGGGCCCCUUCUGUCAAGGCAAGAACGGCAGCUCCCAGCAACAUUCAAGAAAGCCAGACAGAUUGUGUUAGAAAAGAGGGGCUCUUUGGAUAGCUCUAGAAACAACAAUAUGGAAAUGACACUGCACAUUGUGGAGGAGCAGCAGCAGAAGGAUCACAUACAGAGUCAGAUUGGCAUGAACAAAGAAAACCGGCAGAAUGCAGCUAAAACCAAUCUGCCUGACUCAGCCAGGCCGGAAAAGCCUGCAUUGCAAUCUGCAGACAGCAGUCAGUUUCUGCAAUCAUUGCAAGUCAGCACCUCUACCACGGAGAGCUCAGAGCCUGCUGCCUCAAGCCGGGACGACGAGGAGACCAGGAGGAGAGUGGAGAAGGAAACAUGCCCAUUGGCACCAGAUGAAGCCAUGCAGGCUUUUGAAGCCGGGCAGAGCUCAGAGAGUGACACCUCCAGAAGUGGGGAAGCUCAGACGGGUUCAGGGUCAAACACAUCGAGUCUGUCCAAACUUGACCUGCCCCCCGUCUUGAAACGUGACCUGACCAAACACAUCAGCACCAAGAGUAAAACAGGUGGCCACGAGCCCAACCUGAACAUUGCCAGACGGGUGCGAAAUCUUAGCGAGUCUAGGCGAAGUGACACAGAAAAGGACUCGGGGCUCAAACCAACUGUGCGGCAGCUCAUCAGCUCCUCCGGGUCUCGACGCAAUGUGAACUGGGAACAGGUGUAUCAGGAGGUCAGGAAGAAGCAAGACAAAGGCAAAGGCAUGCCAAGGUUUGGGAUAGAAAUGGUGCCAAUGGAGCAGGAGGACCAGAGCCAGGAGGAAGAGGACAUUCCUCUGCUAGAGGGUUUCCAGUGGGAUUCCAUGAUGGACAACUCUGCCUCCCGAAAACGCUCCUUAUCUGAGAGCAGCCUCGCCCCUGCAUCCUCCCACUCCCUGUUUACAUCCUUCAUGUCAAAGGAGACAGUCCAAAGAGAAGCCCCUAGCUCACAGCAGCAGGGAUCCUCCAUUUCUCCCAAUCCCAUAUUCGCUCAAGAGAACAAAGACAAUCAACGUCAGCAAGAGGUGGAGCAGAUGCUCGGCCAGUUUGAGGCUUUAGCACAGAAGCAGCCAGACAAGCUAACGUCUGCGACAGUGAAGGCCCUCCAGCGGUCAGAUUCAGUGCUCGGCGACAGCAGUUCGGGGACAGAGCUACACGACAGCCAGGGAACAGGAAAAAGACGAAGAGCAGCUGGGGACGUUCCAUGUGCAGAGACCUCUUCUUUGGAACACAAUAACAAAAGAAGGAAAGUCAAAUCCAAAAAAGAGCGUUUGCAGAUCGACCAGCUGUUGGCUGUGUCUCUGCGGGAGGAAGAGCUGAGUCGCUCCCUGCAGACUGUGGACACCAGCCUGAUCCAGGCCCGGUCCGCACUGGAGGCCGCCUACAUAGAGGUGCAGCGUCUCAUGGUGGUUAAACAGCAGAUGACUGGAGAGAUGAGCACACUGAGAAACAAGCGCAUCGAGUUACUGAAAGGAAUGCAAGGUAGUUUGGAGGAAGCACCUCAGGUCAAACUGAAAGAAGAAAAGAUGGAUUCAGUAGAAGCUGAGCCACACGUGCCCUCCUCCACUCUGAUCUCCUCUGACUCUGCUGCCCCCCCCAGUCCUGGUCCUCCUGCUGAGCGUGCCUCCCCUCCCUCCUCCGGCCUUCCCUUCAUGCCUUUAGUUAUCAAACAGGAGCCUCUGUCUCCUGUUCAUGUCAGCUCAGAGCUGGACCCUGUGGACAAUAUAACCCACUGUGCUCACAGCACCACCCCCGAGCAGCCUGUCGCUGCUGCAGCAGCCUCUCCGCCAGACCCUACCCUAAAUUUCCAGCCAUCCUCUGAAAGACAGCCGGAGCUGUACCAAACUAACACAGAACACAAUUGGGACAACUUUGCCGAGCCUGCAGACUGCAAAGAGAGCUUGUCAGGACUGGUUGAGACAAUGGAACAGUCCAUACAGGCAACUCAAAACUCUCUUACCUCUUUGCCUGACUCCAAAACUCCCAUAAAGCUUCUCUUGGCCAGCAGGAGGGGCUCCGAGGAGGGGAGUGUUAUUGACUGUGCAGCCACACAGUCCUUCGAGUCCCCCUCCGUCCUCAAUCUGCCUGCCUCUCCAUCUGAACUGAGGAGCGGAAAGCGUGUAAGGAAGCUGAAGAAGAGGAAGGUGUUGAAGAAGGCCCAGGGGACUGAGCAGCCCGAGAGCAGUGACACCGAGAUAGAUGGAGACGCCUUGAGGCCGAGGUGGCUUCGACCACGCAGGAGAAGCUCCCAGGUCAGCACCUCCACUCUCCCUUUAGAAGAUAGAGAGGGCGACAUGAACAUGGAGGGCAUUGAGGAAACCUCUAGAAGGCCGUUUCAGACCAGCAAACUUGAGAAAGAAGACCCCAAAUCCCCCAAACACAUGGUGGAGCUUCCCAAGGUAGCCCGUGCCGAACGUCCGCUGAGCUUGGAUUCAGAAGAAAGCAUGGAGGUAAUCGCAGCCGGUCAGCAGCCCAACAUGGCCGCCCUGGUUCCAGCUUUCCCUCCAGCCCAGCUCCCAGACUUCUCCAGACCCGAGCCCCAGAGCCUGGCCUGCAACGAGGUCACCUCCACCAGUGACAUGGAUGUGUGUCGAUCUUCUGAGAGUGACAUGCCGUUUCCCAUCACGUUGCCUAAGAUAAUGAAGACCUCGUCAGAUGCGUUCUCUGACCCCGGUGAUGAUGAUUUGCCCACUGAGGGUGCGUUCGAGGGCCACCAGGAGGCGGUGAACGCCAUGCAGAUCUACAACGGGCUGCUGUACACGUGCUCCGGAGACCGGACUGUCAAAGCGUUCGACCUGGUGAGUCAUAAAUGUGUCGGUGUGUUUGAGGGUCACAGCUCCAAAGUGAGCAGCCUGUUGGUGUCGGCGGCGCCCAGCCUGCAUCAUCGCCUUUAUUCUGGUUCCAGUGACCAGACCAUCUGCUGCUACAGUCUCAAGACGCGAGAACUGGAGCAGCAGUUCUCUCUGUCGGACCGAGUCCUCUGCCUCCACAGUCGAUGGAAGAUUUUGUUUGCUGGUCUGGCAAACGGCACAGUGGUGACCUUUAACCUCAAGACAAACAAGCAGAUGGAUGUGUUUGAGUGCCACGGGCCGCGAGCCGUGAGCUGUCUGGCCUCGUCGCAGGAGGGGGCACGGAAGAUCCUGCUGGUCGGCUCCUACGACAGCACCAUCAGCGUGAGGGACGCCAAGAACGGCCUGCUGCUGCGCACACUGGACGGGCACAUCAAAACUGUGCUCUGCAUGAAGGUGGUCAAUGACCUGGUAUUUAGUGGAUCCAGUGAUCAGUGUGUCUACGCACACAACAUCCAUACAGGAGAGCUGGUGCGGGUCUAUAAGGGCCACAGUCACGCUGUCACCGUGGUGUCUGUCCUGGGGAAGGUGAUGGUGACCGCCUGUCUGGACAAACUGGUCCGCGUCUACGAUUUACAGUCUCACGACCAGCUGCAGGUCUAUGCUGGACACAAGGACAUGGUGAUGUGCAUGGCUAUCCACAAAAACAUGAUCUACACUGGCUGUUACGACGGCAGCGUGCAGGCCGUCAAGCUGAACCUGAUGCAGAACUACCGCUGCUGGUGGCACGGCUGUUCGCUGGUGUUCGGGAUGAUGGAGCAUCUGCAGCAGCACCUGAUCCACGACCACACCGGGGCCAGCUCCCAGACGUUGAAAUGCCGCUGGAAAAACUGUGACGAGUUUAUCUGUGCACGCAACGGCUCCAAGCAGGGCGUACAGAUGCACAUGCAGAAACAUGCUGAGGAGACUGAACUGGAG